AUGACCUUUGUGGUAGACAUGAAUGCAAAAACCAGUGCUCAGACCCCAGUGCCAAAGUAUCCUAUCUUUGAACAUCAUUGUGAUGAUGAAGUUAUCAAGCAGAUGUAUAGCCUAAAUGUUCGUGGUAUGGUCUUCGAAAGCAGCGUUGCAUACACACCCUGUAAUGUUGUAAGUCUCAAAGUUUUGAAUAAUUUAUUCCAUGAAGUCUUGCUCGGCUGGCUGGGUCUUCGAUCUGUUUGUUGCAUGGUAGUCGAGGUUGAUGAUGCUCGUGGGUCAAAUCAAAUGGCGGUGAACCCAUGA